GGGCGCCCAGCCGGCCCGCGGUCUCGGCCGUCGGCAGUGGCUCCCAGAAUGCGCGCCAGACCGCCAGCUCUGCUGCCGCUGCUGCUGUGGCUGGUGGCCACCGCCGGCGCCUCGGAGUGUCCGGAGGACGAACAGCGGCAGCACGCGGUCUUCGGCUCUGGCCGUCACCUGGUGGCCUACGUGGUGCUCAGCACGUGCGACCUGCUGGACCGCGCCGUCAAGCCCACCCCGGCGGAGGUCCGUCGGUACCUGGACGCGGCCGCCGGCAGCGCUGGAGGCCAGUUCGACUGGCACGCCAACUACAGCUGCCCAGAGGACAGCGACGACGGCCAGGGGGCGGCCUACCCGGCAGAGGUGGAGCGCCAGCUGGCGUCGUCGCGGCCGCAGGACACGCUGUUCGACCUGCCGGUGGACGUCGCCUCCAGCGCGGCCGACUGCUUCUCCGAGGUGGACGGCGACUCUGGCGACGACGCAUGCGCGCCCUGCGCAGACUUCCUCAACCUGCGCGCCAGGCUGCGCGACGCGCUCGGCGGCAAGGCCAGGGCGCUCGCCAGCGCCCUCAGGAACGCCGCCGCCCCCAGACACUGCUCGCAGGGCGAGGGCGACGCCGUCUGCCGGGAGUGGCAGCGCCAGCGAACGCCGGUGGGCCUGCUGGAGGUGCCGGUGGCGGAGGCGGCGGAGGCGGCGCUGCGACUGUGGGGGCGAUUGUGCACCUCGGCGGGCGGCUGCUGCGGUCGCGCCGGUCACGCGCUCACCGUGCGCGACGAGUUGUGGCGCUUCCAGGCGUCGCUCGACAACGCCAGGACGACAGCGCUCGAAAGGGCGGUAGACGACGCGCUGGGGGCGGCGCGACAGGUGGCCGGCAGGUCGCAGCUGGGGGCGGCAGCUUCCGCGGCGCUGGAAGAGGCGCGCCGCGACCUGGAGGCGGCGCUGGCGGACCAGCGCGCCGUGCUGCACACCGUGCGCAGCGCGCAGCGCGAGGCCCUGGGGGCGGCGCUGCUGGGCGCCGGCUGUGCGGGGGGCGCGCUGGAGGCGGCGGAAGCGGCGGAGGCGGCGGCAUGGGGGCUGGCGCGCCACAGCGUGGGCCGUGUAGCCGCCCGGCUCCUGGGGGAGGAGAGCGGCCGCGUCGAAGGGCGGUGGGGCGGCGCCGCCCCCGGCUUCCAGCUGACGGCGCAGCGCGGCCUGCGGGCUCUGCAGCUGGUCCUGUGCCAGGCGCAGCGCGUCUCCCGCGCCACCGCCGCCCUCUCCGCCUCAGUGGUGGUCAUGCUGGCCCACAGCGCCGCCCCGCCGCCCACGGACGACCACAUUGCCGACGCACAGGCAGUGGCCACCGCGUCUCACUUCCGGACGAUCCGUGUGGCGCUCCCACUGUCUGUGGCCGCGGUCCUACCAGCACUUUUCGUGCUGUGAGCCAGCCCAGACACUGCGCAUCACUUUUAAUUGUAAGAUCGUCGGCAGCUGACAGUUACUUGUUUACGUUCAUUCCAAAGUGGCUGCCUAAACUCUAACGUCCAUGAUAAGCACUUCAGAACAAUGUGUACUACUUCGCACACAGCGACACUCAAACACCACUUGUAUCUACAGUAACAGAUAAGCACAAAAUCAUUUAAUGUAUUAGGUGACCCUUUUAAUGUCUCACUAUCUUCUCACUUAGAGGUUUUGUAAUCCAAAAGGUUGUGAAAACGUAAACGACGAUUUCCAUCUGUAGGAAAUAAGCCUAUUAAAUGACUGACAUAAAAAUGAAAAAAAAGCGCUUUUGUACUUUCUGCUUCAUAACUCAGCAGUUGCCUUUUUCCAUUUUGCAUGAGCUAUAGCGACAUCAUUUAUAAGGGCUCACAGUAUGUGAACGGUCGAAGUUGACACUAACAUAUGUUCAAAAUUGGAUCCAGUUGUACCCGUCAAAUAUAUGAGGGGUAUGUACAGCUGUGCGUGAUAUUAAACUUAUUAAGACAAUUACAUCAGCUGUAGCGCUCUAAGCUCCCUUCACGGUGCAAGUUGAAAAUUGCUGUUAUUUAAGAUACGUGUCUUACAUUUACUCUCUGUGAUAAUUUUCAUGUUUAGUUGCUUUGAAGCACCGUGGAAGACUACGAAGAUUCAUACAUUUGCAGA